CGUAACUCGGAACCCUAACCCGAGGACACGUGUUUGCAAGGUGCACUUUUUGAGUUGGCCAUCGUCGUAGUCGACGUGUAGAACGACAUAUGGCGGGUGCUAAUUCAGUGCCGUCGCCGCCGCCAGGCAUCCCAGAGGCAUCCAGGGUAUCUACUGAACAGUGGAAGAACGACCUCUUCCAGCUCUUCCGCAAUGCAAAGGACCACUUUCCAGAUGUCGUCUGGGACAUCCAUCCAGACGAAGACGACAACGCUGUCGAGCAUGUCUGGGGCCACAAAGCCGUGGUGUACGCACGCGCACCACCGUCGUUCCAGGCGAGGUACUUCUCGUUGCGCCCUGUGCCCGUCACGUCCCCGACACCUUACGCCCCCUCGCCUUCGCCGUCGCCCGCCCCCGCCCAGUCGACCGUCUCUCUCAGUGCUACGUUAGACCUGCCACUUAAUUCGCCGUCCCCUUCGCCCUCCCCCUUCCGCUCAUCCUCCCCCUCCCCUUCAACCCCUACUCACCCAUCCGUCCUCCGCAUCCCGAUCAACGCCAACCCCGCCCUGUUCGCAAACGAGCUCGAGUACCUCUACACAGGCGCAGGGCUAGGCGAGGCAUUCGAAUUCCUCUUCGACACCUCCGAAUCUCGCGACCUCCUUGCCAACGAAGACAAUCGCAUCGACAAGCUCCGCAAAGAUCUCGUCUACAUGUGGCGAUCUCGUCUCUACUCCGAUGUCCGUAUCUCGCUCACCGGCAACUUCUCGUCCUCAAAUCCAGAGCACACAACCGCCGUCUUCUCCACCCAUCGGUUUAUCCUCAUCUCGAGAUCUCCCUGCUUCAGAGCUCAACUCCUCACCUGGGCCUCCCCUCAAUCCGCCAAAACCCCAACCGCCACUACCGCAUCCAACCCUAACGAUCCGUUCACCAUCCAUCUCCCGUCCCCCCCUUUUACACCCGCCUCCAUUCACUUCACUUUGGGCUAUAUCUACACCGGCACCCUCCACUUCUCGCAUCGUACAUUCGAUCUCGAUACUGCCUUCGCCAUCCUCAGAGCCUCCCUUUACCUUUCCCUUCCAGCUCUCACCACCGAAAUCCAGUCCCGCAUCGUAUACGAAAUGCUCCAUGGCCUCUUCCACGCUUUCCUCGAAUUCAACGCCUACGAGAGUAUCACCAAUGCAAAGUGGGGUACCGGCGGGUGUCGCUGUCGUCAAUGUGCAAGACGUGUACCAAGAGUACUUGAGUUUUCCGUCGCAGAAGACGUGCAGAACAAAUACCUCGAAAGGGGUGCUCGAAGAGCACUCGUCGGACUCUUUGGUGAGGGCUGGUGUACCUCCGAAUUCGCUGCUCUCCCACAGAAAACCCGUGAAUCCGUCCUAAAAGGACUUGCGAAACGCACCACACCAGCCAACGUAUUCCCUUUGCUUUUUGCUGCCCAACAUGCCCUUCGCAAACUCGAUAGCGCAAUCGAUGCCUGGGCAGAUAUCGUGCGUGAGAUGGUUCUAACCGCAAGAAAAUCCGUCGACGAGUGUCUGGUGCGUGAAUGUGAAGCGUGCUUCGAAGAUUCAGAGUGGGUAUCCCUUCUGGAAGGCGACGGCGCGGGCUUUGGCGACGCAGAGAGGGUUGGAUGGGUCAUGGAGUCGUUGAAGAGGGGAAUGAGCGAGAAGUACGCAGGAAUCGUAUACCAGACCAUAGUAUCGUCAAUUCUCCUUCGACCCCACCCUACGUCCGCUACUAUGACCAUGCUGCCAUCGACCUCACCCAUCCGAACCAUCGUAGAGGAUGCCCGUGUCGAUCUCCUAAAAUACAUUCGUAAGCGCUGGAUGAAUAUUAGGAACGAGGGAGGAUUCGAUGCUCUGGACAGCUGGAGUUUGAAGGAGAUUUCACAAGAGAUAGAGGUUGCCACCGAGGACCUUCUAUCCCCUCCCAGUCACUCAUCCCAUUCUCAAGGUGGCACCCUCCGCUCCCACCAUUCCACGCAUCUCUCUCGGGCUCUUCGUUCAUCGCUCGUCCGUGGGGCAGAUGCGGAUUCUGAUACUUUGUCCGUGCAUUCACUCCGCGCAAGUGUGCUAUCCAAAACUGUCGGUACGAUCGGACGAGAUUCUGGGGCCAGUUCGCGCACAUUGAAGGGGGACACAGCUUCCAUUCGAUCAGUAUCACGCACUACAAGAACCCGGAACCAAAGCACGCCUACACCAGCUGGAGCUCUUACACGAGCCAAUGUCGCAGCCCACAUUCGAGCUCACUUGGAUGCAGAUGCAGAACGUCCAGAUUCGAAAUUGACCCCCGACGACGCCACCAGUGUCAGGAGCAUGCGGUCAAGUGCCACGGAAAAAGCACGUGCACAAGGACGAGCUCACAGAAAGAGUUCGUCAACAUCUACCCUACGCACUACUGACCCAGUCGAAGAAACUAUGGAUGACUCCAGCACCACACCCAGUGUUUGCGACCGUCCACGAUCUCCGUCACGUCCAACACCAGGCUUCGGCCCCAGCGGCCGUCCACACUUGAGCAAAAUCGUUACAACAAGUACCACAUCGAUGCGAUCUACUACUUCGACACAGAAGUCACUUGCACCCUCCAUCCAUAACCGGGCACGGCCCCAUAACGUCCGCCCCACGCCCGGCGUUUCUGGCACAGCACACCGCAGCCACGCGGGCUUGUCCACCUUAAGAAUCCCUGGUUCUUCCCGCCCGACCUCGACCUUGUCCUCAGCAACGAGUGACACGGGCACAUUCCGCACAGCGCAAUCUGAGAUCCUGACUCCAACGUCGGCAGGCUCUGGAGGCUCGGGCGGCUCAGCUUCCGGUGUACGCUCACGUAAAAUAUCGAGUGGUUCAACCGUGUCGACCGUAUCUACGCGCACUGUGGGUACGACUUUACGGACCCCGAAUCAUGCACAUGGCUUGCGGGAGCGGGAAAGAUCGCGGGUUUCGUCGGGUGUGUCUAUCAAUUCUGUUGCGAUGCGGCCCCCCGCACGUCGUACUGCAGAUAGGGAUGCUGGUAAACGCAGUCCUGCCGCAACCUCGAAACGGCUACCGCCCGUCAGCUCUGCUACGCCAGCAAGCAGAGAAACGACGCCUAAGAGCAGGUCGAUAAGCAGGACAACGUCUGAUCAGGGGUCCUCUGAGAUCUCUCCGCGGGCGGAGGCGAGACAGCUGGAAAAUGAGAAAGAUGGCAGAGUUAAGAACAAAGUCAACGAUAAGGAGAAUCAAGUGCCAGCAGAUACCAAGCAGAAGAACAUCCCAGUCGUCGAUAUCAUAAACGAACUUCCAGAACGGCAAGACCAGGUCGAAAUGCAGAACAAUCUCCCUGCGGACGACGACCCUGUCCUCGCUCGUCGCGGCAGCGCAGAUACUAUAACUGCCGCCCCCCUCCCCACGACAGCUCCGACUUCCAAUCUCCAAUCUCUCACCUUGGAGAACCUUGCACCACUCUCCCCGCCCGGCGCAUCCCUUGAGAUUGGCAUUCCAUGUAUCAUAUCAUCUAAACGCCGGCGGUUCCGUGCAUUUGCACGUUAUAUUGGUGAAGUUCUGGGUGAACACGGGCCUUGGGUAGGCGUCGAAGUACCCAUGGGUGCAGGGGAUGCUUGGGUUGGAGACACCGGCGAUGGUCGAGCCUGGUGCGAUGGAACGUGGGGCGGUGUUCGUUAUUUCGACAUAGGCGGGUGUUGUUCCGAGUGGGAGUUUGGUGACAGUAACAAUGGCAGAGGUAGAGAUGGCGCGAGACGACGAACGGAUGGUAUUAAUGGUCUGUCGAAGUCCCGCAGCUCUGGUAACCUGAAGAGAGAGGGUGAUCAUUUGUCGGGCGGCAUCGACCGGUCGAAGAGGCUCAGAAGCUCCUCACCUACUGGAUCCGACAUAUCGACUUCGGAAUCACGAGGUUUGUUUGUAAGACCACAGCAGGUACUCUACGUUGUCGACGCUGUAGGCGCUGAUCUCUAGUGUGUUGGAUUGGAAGGCCGUCGUGAGUAACCGAGUCACCUUCAUCCAUUGCCUCACCAGCUGGUGAACAUGGCUACGUAUGCCUAGGUCCUUUCUUUGCUACUCCUGGGCUAUUAGGCGUUCCAUGCUUGCUUUCGAGUCGUUUUUUUUUUCUUGUUAACCAGCAACUGAACCGGCAUUUGUCAUGCACAGGAUACCACAUUCGUUAUUUGCAUUGCCCCUUUCGAUUUUAUACCACAAUUUGGAACUUCAAAUUAUUGUUGCUGCAUACGCUCCUUGACAUUUGUAUCUACCACUGACAGCGUUCAUUGAAAGAUUGUUGCACAGAACAAAUCACCUCUGCC